CAUAUCAUGAAAUCAUGAGUUAAGAAGAUUUUCCCUCCAAAUUGUGAUUGACUCAAGCAAAGUAAACCCAUCAAAAUAAGUUGUGUAGAACAUAAAAAUACAUUUGCUUGGUGAUGUUGCCGCUUCUCUCACAAAACUGUGCAACUUUUCAAAUUACCAAUAUCAAAUUCCAACUCGGAACUCUGUGAUGGACAUGAACGAUCCUUUGGAUUUCGAGUUAGAAGACGACCUUCUGAAAUCCCCUGCAAUUAACACUAAAAGGAAAAAAAUUAUUGGGUUGGAUGAUCUUCUUAAAGAUCAUUACAAAGAACAGAACAAGCUUCUAGAGAGGAGGAAAAAACAGACAAAGGCCAAUACUAAGGCAAAUAAGAGGAAGACUUCCUACGAUGACGAAGAUAGCAAGGAAGCCAAGUUGACUAGGCUAGUUGAGAAAUGUCACAAACAGUUGAAAGCUUUUGGUGAAGAAGAAGACAUUCCACCCUGGGGAGUAAAGGUUUUUGGAGAUAAGAAAGCUUUUCCCCCUGUGGAGUUUCCUGAUCUUACAUGCUGUAACCUUUUAAACUCCUUUCUGAACAACAAGCUAAAUUCUGUGGUGGAAUUGACUGUGGACAAAGGAGAUAUAUUUCUUGAAGGGUUACUAGUUAAUGGUUGGCUUUCAAAAUUAGUUUUUGUGUGUGGUCAUGUAGAAAAAUCAGUUGCCAUCUGGGCGUUCAACACAAUGUUAUAUUCAUCAAAAGAAGAGCUUUUCAGCUCUUCCACCGACUUUUGGUGUGCAAUUCUCUCUUCUGAAGAGGAGGUCAAUCAAAUGCCGGUCAAAAUUGAUUGGUUUCCUGAAUAUGCAGAUUUAAGAAGAGCUCUGGACAUUUACGGGUUCCUCUUUAAAUUUUCUUCCAGCUCAGAGCCAAAUAGCUUAGAUUCUGACGUUGAAGGAAGACCACCUCAAAACACUAGAGCUUGGAUCAGAUUUGUCACUGUUUGUUGUCUGAUAAGGAGUAAAAAGGAAAUCUUCUCUACUGUAGAAGCUGAAGAGAUAGUUGAAAUUAUUAUUUGUCUAUUCCUUGAUCGCCAGUUUCUGGGUUUGUUGGUGCUUUUAAAGGACUGCAUGGAAGCGAUUGUCAAUUACUUUACUGACCAGGAAUGGUGCUCAAGUUGUGAGAACAUAGCUAAAUUCAUUGCUUGCAGAGUCUCAAAGGAUUUGAAUUGCAUCCAGACUAUUGAAUGUAUAUCAGAAGCUACACCUCGUUGCAAGCAACUUAGGAGUGCUGUUGCUUAUCAAACACUGCUUUCUUGUUUUGAUGGAGUUAACAGUGGAGAAGAGAUCCUCAGGUCUUUUACAGAAAUUAAUUUCAAAGACAGAAGUUGUGACUUCUACAAUAUGUAUAUUCACUUAGUUUUGACAGAGAAUUGGGUUAUAUCCAACUCAUUAAUCGAAGACAAUCCAGUAAUCUAUGAGAUGUUCUGUCUUUACCUUCAAAAUUGUUCCACCUUAAUUUCAGCAACCAACCUACGUUCAUAUGCAUCAAAGGUUCGUCACAGGGCUUCAUAUCUUCUGCACUUCUCCAUCUACAAAUAAUUGGUUUCAGUUAUCUUUAGCCUCCUGCACAUUCCCAGAAUCAAUUCAUGUAUAAUUUUUUCAACCAGAGGAAAGAAAGAAAGUUGGGUGUGAUCAAAAUAUUUUGACGAAAGCUGUCAAAUUACAUGUAAAACAGUAUCUUAAGUUAAAAUUCACGAUUACCUUAUUUUCUC